CCAAGGUGGGGGGAGAAGGCGAUGACCCGGGAAACUUCGCGGAAGCCAAACGCUACCCGCCGAUUGCUCUGGCAAACGAAACCCAAUUGCAUGCUAUUCACUUCUUUGGCUAGCUCUUCGUCGGAUACAUAAUUCUCACUAGGUCUCGAAUGCGUUUGAUCUCAACAAAUUUGAUCUUUUGAUCUGAAUCUCAUCUUCUCCUGGCAAAUCAAACCCCACCCCCCACGGUAGAAUCUAUCUGGGUUAAGAAGGAAAAGCGAAAUGGCGGAGUUCAUCCGGGAUCAUAGGAGAAAACUCCGUCAAUAUCGUUUCUUUUUCAAUGGAUUAUCUUCCCUACUACUUCUCUUAUUCUUUUAUAACAGGGUAGACAUCUUGCGGAAUCCACUCCUCACUGGGUCGCCUUCUUCUUCUAUUACUCGAUUGAGCUGGAGAAGUGAUGUAAAUCCCACUUCAAAUCGCCGGCAAUUGGUUGAGGUUAGAGUCAAUUCGUCUGUAAUUAAUAAUAGCAUUAGUGCGACCGUAAAAGAAUCGGAGGUUUGUUCUGGAUUAUUGAAUCACUUAGGCUUUUCAAGCCGUUGUGAAUUCUUGAAAGCUUAUCCUCACUGUUCUUCAGACGGAUUCUUUGACUAUAUUAAAUUUUACUACUGUGAUUGUCAAGAGAGUGCAAUCAGUUUCGUUGUUCUAGCUGUUUGGCUAGCUGUUCUAUUUUAUCUAUUGGGUAAUACAGCAGCAGAUUAUUUCUGUUGUUCCUUAGAAAAGCUCUCAACUUUAUUAGCUCUAUCUCCAACAGUUGCUGGUGUAACCCUUCUCCCACUUGGAAAUGGUGCUCCGGAUGUAUUCGCGAGUAUUGCAGCUUUUGCUGGAAAAGACAAUGGAGAAGUCGGUCUCAAUAGUGUACUAGGUGGGGCAGUUUUCGUAACAUGCAUUGUUGUUGGUAUUGUUUCUCUAUGUGUUGCAGAUCAGGAAGUUCGUAUUGACAGAAAAUGCUUCAUUAGAGAUGUUAGUUUCUUCAUUCUAACUCUGCUGUCUCUUUCGUUAAUUCUCCUCGUUGGAAGAGUUAGUGUUUUCGCAUCCAUUGCUUUCGUUUCCAUUUAUGCUGUUUAUGCUUUUGUUGUGGCUGCAAACGAAUUGUGGAGAAACCAUGGGAAAAGAUUGACUAUGGAUGCUAUCAAUCCGUUACUUCCAGUUGGAGGGAGUUUAGGGAAUGAUUUGUUUGAUGUGGAAAAUGACAGAGAUGCACCUCAGAUCAACAAUUCGUUGCCCCAGUGGAUGUGGGCGUCGAAUGUAGCGAUAUACUCGAACCAGUUUCUGAAAGGGGACGGCGAUAAGCUUAUAUGGGGUUGGAACGACGAGAGCAUGGGAACUAACCAAGAUCGUUCUUUAACUUUGUCUAGGUUUUGCUCUCUAGUGGAGUUUCCGUUAACAAUUCCAAGACGACUUACAAUUCCAUUAGUCGAUGAGGAGAAUUGGUCAAAGCCCUAUGCUGUCUCUAGCGCAUUACUGUCCCCUGUUCUUCUUUCCUUUCUAUGGAAUUCUCAAGAUGGAACCAAUUCAUCUGUUGUUUACUUGCUUGGUGUUUUAUCCGGUUGCUUGCUUGGUUUUCUUGCGAAUCGAAACACGAGAGCAGACCACCCGCCUCAAACAUUUAUGCUCGGUUGGGUUUUGGGCGGUUUCUUCAUGAGUAUAAUCUGGUUCUACAUGAUUGCGAAUGAGCUAGUUUCGUUAUUGGUUGGAAUGGGUGUGAUUCUUGGUGUGAAUCCUUCUAUUCUAGGAUUGACUGUUUUGGCAUGGGGAAAUUCAAUGGGGGAUUUGGUAUCGAAUACUGCAUUAGCAUUGAACGGUGGGGAUGGAGUGCAGAUCGCAUUUUCUGGUUGCUACGCUGGACCCAUGUUCAACACGCUUGUUGGUUUGGGUGUCUCGAUGAUGUUAAGGGCUUGGUCUGAGAAACCGAGUUCUUAUGUUGUACCGAAAGAUGGGAGUUUGUUAUACACGAUGGGAUUUCUGUUGUGUGGACUUGUUUGGGCGGUUGUGGUUCUUCCUAGAAAUGAGAUGCGGCCUACUAGGAUGUUUGGAAUUGGACUUAUUGUACUCUAUUUGAUGUUUCUAUUGGUUAGAAUCAGCAGUAGCGCGGUCGGGCUAGUAUAAUUGUUUUUUGGAACAUGCUCACACUUGUAAAAAAAAGUUUCAGUUUUGGUUCUCUUCUGUAAUGAAAAUUGUUGGAUCUGCGUACUUUUCA